AUUCCAGGUUGUGAUUGCGCGCUGAGAAGACGUUAACCCAGUGGCAACGUUCACGAGACACUGCAAGCGCGAUAGCAUUCCGAAGCUGACUGUUUAGUUUCUUUUUCUGUUUUCCUCCCGCCGGUACCUCAGUGAGUGUUCUUUUCUAGUUACCUCUCGCGGAACUGUGUAGUGUUUCGACUGCUGUGAACUGACCUAAUUCUGUGGUACUUUGGGAAGUUAGUUUCUGCUGCGACCUGCGAGUGAUACGGCAGCGGUCAGGAGUGUGUGCAUGCGUCGAGCCGUAACGAGUUUAACAUUGACAUACUUGGUUCUGCCAGCCGGGGCGACGUAUUCGGUGCAGCACUGAGACGAAAGCAACAACGGAGCUCAAAGUGAGAAGCGACACUUUUUCCGCCGACGGCAGACUUUCUAUCGACUCGGACUGCUCGCGUUCGGCCUCGCAUCGACUUGCCAGCGCAGCACUCGCCACAUCGACCGGCAGCCAAGGCGCUUUAUUUAUAAACACUCGAUCGGCCAGCGCCGCAUCAGAAGUGGCUAACCGGCAGCGGCGCCAUCUCGAGACAUUUCGAGGAAGUGAGUUUGGAGCUCGGCCGUCACCCCUGCGUCCAGGCCGCAGGAGUAGUCACUACCGCACGAGACUGUCGCUACACACCUAGGCGUCUGAUUUGUGGAGAGGAGAGUGACUGGUCCAGUUUUGGAAGCAGUUGAAGGUGAGUGCAUUGGAGUGUUUGGAAGCUUUUCACGCGGGACUGUCCAGUAGCAGACCGGAGCCAUGGCGUUUAUGAUGCCCGUGGUGAAGAACGACUGGGAUAUUUACAAGACAGGGAGGUCGAGACGGAGCUCGGAGUGUUCCAACCCGCAGUCGUGCCCGCGCUCGAGGAAGGUCAGCGAGUGCAGCAAGUCUGAAGGCCCCAGCCUGUCGACGUCCCCGGGGAGCGACUUCGUGGUGGGUGGAGUGGCCUCUCCCGGUCACCACAGGGCUUCGGUGCCGGUCGCCAUGUCCUCCAUGAGCCGGCAGUUCUCCAGCAGGGCGUCUUCCAGGGCGUCUCUCCAGUCGCCGUGCAAGUCCGCCUCCUGUUCGCCCCCGAAGGCGGCGAGCCUGCACGCCGGGGGCGGAGGCCACCACGGGGGCGGCGGCCACCAUCACCAGUCGUCUGCGCCGGCGGCGUCCAGCUCCGCCUCGCAGAGCUCGCUCAACAAGUUCCACUCGCGGCUGGUGGACAAGCUGAAGCGGUCGGUGCUGCGCAAGGAGAGCACCGUGACGCCGCCCCCGGCGGGGGCGGUCGCCGCCUCCUGAGGCGAGGAGACGGCGGAGGACGCGCUCGCCCUGGCGGCGGCAGUUUCUUCGUCGGCGUCCUCCACGGUCUCGGUCCCGUCUCCCGGGGGUGGCGCCGGCACUGCCCCCGGGGGCGGCGGCGUGCCCAUUCCGGGGGCGGGCGGGCGCCGCCACGGGCAGCAGCGCGUCGCCAGGUCGUUCCCCGGCACGGGGCCGUCGUGGGGUGGAGGACGCUACUAACUGGCGCCGCUCGCGGAGGAGCCCGGGGGCGGCGGCGACGCUGCCUUCCGCCCCCGCGACCGCCCCCGCAGCCUCCAUCGCCGGUGACGACGGCGGCGCGGACGGCGCCAGCCUCUGCAGCGCAGGUUCGCCAGAAACGCAACGCAACCCUCUGGGGGGUCAACUGCUGACGCAGCUGCCUCCGAAUGGUGCACCGCCACUUGCUCCAGCUUAAAGAGGUCUGCAUGUCACAUCUGCUGUAUCGUAUUAUUCAGUUUCACAACUGCUCCUCAAGCGAUUUCAAAAUUACGUUACUGUAUCUAAAUCAAACUUUCACAGGCAUGGAUAUAAAUACAUAUGCUUCCAGAGCCUUUGUAGUCCCAUUAAAAUCCUCCCCAAUGUACUGCCACAUCAUAUUACAAUAUACAUGAAAUGCUGAAAUAAUUAAAGGCUGACAUUUCAACUGUGUUGCAAGUACCUUCCCCCAACAUAUUCUUUGAGGAAGACCACUGCAACAUUAUUGAAGCGUCAGAUUUUUGGUGUUUAAGCAUUUUAAGUAUUUUAUAACAUGGUGUAACAGUACACACGGACGGAUUUUAAUGAGAUUCGUAGGUUCUGGCUACCAAAACCAAAGUUCUCAUGCUUAUAUGGUCACAUAGUUCUUCAAUUUUGUAUGCUCAAAAGUUUCACUCGUAAUAUCAAGACCUUUCUCAGCUACUUUCAAAUUGAACAUGGCUGAUACUGAUGAUGAAAUAGAGAUGCUGUAACGAGAACAAAGUGGUAAUACUGUAUAUGUUGUAAGGAUAUUGUGACUGUCUUAAAGGUCAUUUUAUAAAUCUUGAUGCAUUGGUAAACGAUGUGGCCAUGCAGCUGAGAAUAUCUGCUUGUGAAUAAAAGAUUAUCAUCUUUUCUAAAUACUUUUGCAGUAUGCCUGUUAGGAAAUUUCAUUUAGUUAAUUAUAAAAAGGUCACAACAUCAGCACAGCACUUUCUGCUUCUUCUCGAAAUUCACAAGCCUGUAAAUGAUGUUGACUCUGUCAUAUUACCCAGUUCAGAGCCUUCACAGAUGUGAGCCUACAUAAGUCUACAAGGUAUUGUGGUACUAUUAUUCCAAAUUAAAUAAUUUGUGCAAGUUCACAAAUGACUUCUUUCAGAACUGAAGAAGUACACAUUACUUUUCAGAUAUAUUAGAAAACUAGUGUUUUGUUUGAUUCCCUGUGUAUUCUGGGGGAACAAGUACAUAAACUACAAGGCCUUGUCUUAUCAACUUCAGAAUUUUUACUAUUUUUCCAUCUUUUGUCAAAAAAAUAUUGAAGGGUUGGAACAAUGUACUGAAACAGUACCUACAAUGAUUUCUCCCUCAGGCACUUAUCAGUAUGACAUGAAAUUGAGAUGAUGUGCUUAAACAGCCUGUUGGCAGCUUCUAAAGGUUACAUGGUAUUAUGCUAUAAAAUUCGUAUAUCAGUUUAUAGCUGGAGCAAAACAAAAUGAAAACAAAAUGUAGAAUAAAACCACAUUUAUUGUUGUGGAUCAUAAUUAUUGAAGCAUCUGUGAUACCAGAAUCUUUUAUGGAAAUGAUCUAUAGAGUUUUAGCCAUCAUCUCUUGCACAACUAAAAUUUGAAACAUUUGUACCAGAUCAUUAUGAUUUCUGUCCUGUUUGGGCAACAUUCAUCUCAGUUCUGCUUGCCAAUAAUAAAGCUAACAGUGUGGAAUGUGUCUGUGCUGGUGUAGUGAUAUUAUUAGGUACAUUAAUGUGCCUCACAAAAUUCCUUUUGUAAUGUGAAGAACAAUCAAUGACAAUAACAUUUAAUUAGUAAGAGGGUAAUGCAAACAACCUUGUACAGCAUUUUUGAUUAAUUUGACUGACUACACUUUGAGAAAUAAGUAAUUAGCAGUUAAUUUGAUGGGAAUCAGAUUCAAGUGACAUAGAAUAUGUGAACAUAUUUACAUUGCAGCAGACAAUUGCUUUGGAGUUUGAUGACAACACAUGGGCAGUUUCAGAUAGAGUUGUCAUCUUUUUUGUAUUCCAAAUUUUGUGUCCAAAUGGCGGUGCUACAUUUUGUGCAGCUAACAGAACUCGCAAAUUUUUCAUGUACCGUCGGCCGUGCACCAUCCUGAAGAAUGCACUGGCAAACAUUUGUAUAUAUUUUUAGUGCAGAUGUGGAAAUUAAUGCUUGUUUACAUAUUUUGUGCAGUGUGUCACAUAGCUUUCUCCACAGUGCCAUUGUUCCAUAUACCUACAUAGGAAUGCAUGUUGCUGUCAUUCAGAUUUUUUGAAAAUACUUUAUUCUAAAUUACAAUAGCAUGUUUUACGUAUGCAGCAUUUGAAUACCUUUGCUCAGUGAUUAUAGAUACAAAUGCCUAAGUAUGUCAGUUAACUAUCAUCAAUUUUUAAGUAUGUCACAAACCCUAAUUUUCCCGUUAUAAUAUUUAUUGACUUAUGAAGAUAACAAAAUCAUUUCUGUACUAUUUAAUUUGGUGCCUGAAUAUGAAAAACAAUGUUAUGAGGCAAAAACUGUAUGGUCUUGAUUGUCUCUGUUGUACAUUGCCCUGUAUUUCCUUGUGACUGAAAUUAAGUACUUACUUUUUUAAAUAUUUUAAUUCAACUUCAACUGGUUAUUUUGCUUACUGCAGUUAAAUUGUAAAUUAGAAAUACAAAGUUUGUUCUAGGUUCCAUCAUACUGACAGGCGUAUCUCUGCUUCUCCAACAGCUGACAGCUGUUACAUGUUAGUUGUAUUCAUACACACUGCCAUAAAAUGUGAAUGCUGUGAUCCUUUUUGCAGUGCACAGUAUUUUUUAAUUAUUAUUUCAAGAAGAGGGUUGACUGUCUUUUGAAUGCAAAUGUUCAAUAAGGACAAAUAUUUGUUAGCUUUAAUUAUUUCAUGACUGAGUAUAUGGAUACCAAGCUUCAUAGUUAUAUCUGUAGUUUCUGUCUGUGUCUGAACGAAAGGGGUUCAAUUGUGCCUUCAAGUUCAUGGCAACUUGUUACUGGUUUCUCUAGUCUGCCUCAUGUAGGCUAAAACGUAACUUUUGUGGUUAAGGUUCAUGGCCGACGGUCACCUAGCACUAGCUCCCAAGCAUAAGCAUAUAGUUCCUCAAAUUGCGAUACCCUUUGCUUGACCUCGCCUUAUCUUGGACAUUAAUACGUCCGGUGCCAAUGGUUAACUUAGUGUCUGGCAAUGCGUCUUUAAGUACUGUAGAGUUUAUUAGCAACAUAAAGUGUAAUGGAUGUACUGUAUGUUAAAAUAUUUAGUUUUUUGCUACUAAAGAAAACUUUGUGCUGUACAACACAGCUGCAGUAAUAUUUUGGAAGCAUCUAGCAAGUCAGAAGCAGCCUUGCCAGUCUUUUCUGCCUUAGGCAUUAAUUUACAAAAAUGAAAACUAUAUUAACUGGAACAAAAGUUGCCUUUAUUGAGAACAUAUAACAAUAAGACUUUAUGAACUAACAGUCUGAUUAGAAAGGGCAUCUUGUUGUGAAAGAAGCUUGAUGUGGGCUUUCUUGUAUGGAUGAACGUUUCCUACCAUAGGUAACAAAUUAAUUAAUUCAAAGUCUUCUGAAAUUACACAAAAUUAUCUUGGAAUUAAAUUGACUUUAUCUCUGUAUUUAUCCCUCUCAGUAAAACUUGAUUUCUGUUUAUAAAUUGUUAUUCCACAUACAUUGAUUAUAAAACCUUGACACAGUUGCAUCUUCUUGUGUGAUAUGUUCCUCUUCAUGUCAAUGUUACAAUUCUCAGUGUACUUUCAAUGUAAAAAUGUAACACACAUUUUACUAUUGUAUGUAUGAUUCAAAUCAGAAAGCUGUGUUGGAGCUAGACUGCUGGGUGCCAACUUACAUAGUAUAUAUUUUUUGUUCUCUCUGUGAUGAGCAGUGGAUCAGUUGGAUUCUACUGUAAUACUUUUCUUAGUCCAUACUUGGUAGCUUCAUAGUUCAUAGGCCUAUAUAGCAUUUGCCAUUAUUGGCAAAAUAUAACUUAAUGUUGAUUCUUUUAGAGUAUAUCCAAAUGUAUUUGACAAAAAAGACUUGAAAGAUGACCUCACGUUGUAAUGAGGGGUCUAAAUGUAUUUAUUGGUGAGCUUUUAAUAGGGUUUCUCUAUUUUAACUUGAGAGAACUUCAGUUACUUAUUUCAUUUUAUUCUGCAGUAAUGCAUAACAUUCACACAGACUGAUGCAAGUAGAAUGUAUGUGUAAAAUUUAGAUAUAAUCCAGCUUUCAUUAUUCAUUUGUAUUAAUCAUUGUAUGUUGCACCCUCAUAUCAUGCAAUUUAAAUGAUAAAACCAAAUAAAAAAUGAUACAUUCCAGAUAAAUAUGUAAGUUAUUUUUUCUAUUGAAUGAAUUGAAAAAAUAUGCACAUAGUAAAAAUUGUUGCCAAUUGUGAGAUUUAAAUUGCUGACAACAAAAUCCAUAACUGCUCAGUUAGGUCUUAAAAUGCAUAAUUUCAGUUGUAAACAUUCAGUAGCUCUGUUCAUCAUUCAUUUUAUGUUUGUGUUAGUGAUUUGUUGAUUAUUGACUGUAAUGUUUGCAAGAAAGAUAUGUUGUAGAUCUGAGAAAUGUGUGAGCCUAAUGUUUUUAAUGAAUGAGUUUUGUAUACAUUUGUGUAACUGAUUGAUGUAACCACAAAAAAUCCAUAUCUCUACAAUAUAUGUGUUUAAAAUGAAA